AUGGCGACAUCAUGUCCGACGCUCCCAUUUGAUGAAGCACGGUGGAUCAUCCGAAUUCGCCGGAUCUUCGAUGAGGAGAUCGAGGUCAGUGAGGAUCAGCCCAUCUGCGUGUUUGAUGUCCCCAAGCCUCUGCUGAGAACGAAACCUGAAGCUUACAUCCCUCAGCUGGUGGCCCUUGGGCCUUGGCCCAUACCACCAUUGCCGCGAAGAACUCUGCGACAUGGAGAUGUACAACUCUCGGCGGCAAAGCGAGCCCAAAGCCAUCUCCCGGGCAUGGACUUCCAACAGCUUGUUGACGUCUUCACGAGACUAGAGCAUCUAGUUCGUGCUCACUAUCACAGGCAUCUGAACCUGAGCAACGAGGCACUAGGGUGGAUGAUGGCCAUCGACGUGUCCUUCCUCCUCGAGUUCCUGCAGACUUUCAGCAAGAACAACGGUAACCAGCAGAGAGCGCUGCAGAGGAUCCCCUCCAGGAUGUCACAUUUGGUAGACCCCUCUCGCAGGACAUCCUCGCAUAGCAUGCUGCUCCGCGACAUAGUCAUGCUAGAGAACCAGGUCCCUCUCUUUCUGCUCCUGAAGGCGAUCGAGUCCCGCUGCUUGACGGCGGCAGCGCAACCGCUGGCGCAAUCAGUGCUGAGCUCCAUGCUGGUUGGGUUCUUUCAGGAGGUCUCCACGUUCAGAGGGAUUGGCCGUCCAUGCACCGACGCCAAUCGGCAUGUCCACUUGCUUGACAUCCUCUACUCAAACAUGGUGCCUAGAUGUGCUGAAGAAUCACAUGGCACUACCGGAGAAGAAGGCGGAGACGAGUCAUGCCAUGAUCACAGAAAGAGUACACUGAAUUCAGUCAUGGACUUGCUCGUCAGUCGUGGCUCGAAGAUCGUGUCAGUGAUAGCAGAUUUCGUCCUGAGGGUCCUCCACUAA